AACUCGCAAGCGAGUGAAAAUAAACGAACACUUACAAUUUAUUAAUGCUCUGUAGGCUUUCAAAAAUUUUAUCCAAAUAAAUUUCGCCUCAUAACCGCCCUGGAUUAAAGGAAAGACGGAAAUGCAAAUUCGUGAUAUUUCUAUCUGCUCUCAAAUCAGGAGGAUUGUUUAUGGAUUAUGACUGUUAUUCUCGCACUGGUGUGUGAUAUUUUAACGAACAAACAAAAAAGUCACGGAUCAAUAAGUAAACAACGUGCAUUAGAUGAACUACGUGCGAUUCGUGAGAGUGGUCUUCGAGAAAACGAGAAAGUUAUUGAUCUAUGGAAGUUAUCCCUCUUUGAUCAUAUAGACAAGCUGAGUUAUGAA